AUGUCCGGCAAAUACGUGUUCACGAAAGGCCUAAAAGAACUACGAUUUCUACACUGCCAGACCAGCGAACACUCCAAUGCUGUCCGAUCAUUCCUCACCCGCGCUUACCCAACGAUGAAGCACCACAACCCACACACACCCAUUAUGAUCCGGGAAGCAUUAGGCAUCGAGCCAAGAGUAUACGCACGAUAUGAGUUUGGCAGGGAGAAGAUGGCGGAUUUGAGUGGCCUGGACGACAAGGCCAUCGAGGACCAAGUCAGUGGAUUGGUGAGGGAGUCGCAAUGA